AUGGACGAAACUGCAAAAUGGUUUACUUGUUUUGAAUGGGAGCAGGUUAUCAGAGAAAAAAAGUACAUCGAAGCUACUCAAGUUACAAUCAGAGAACUGGAGAUGCUGAAAGAAGAUAAGAAGUUAACCUUACGUGUCCCACAAGCAUGUAAUGACAAGCUUCCGUUCGAUUACACUUGCUGGUCAAAAUAUCAAAAGAUGGGAGAUCAUGUUGUGAGACAUGAACCAGUUUAUGGAAAAUUUCAACUGUUCGGUCAACGAACAACUCAUGUCAAAUGUACACAAUUUGAAACAGGAUGGAUCACACGCCAUUUCCCUACGAAGGAUAUGUUUACCUACAUUACACAGUCCACAGCAAUGACUACCAGCUACCGGAUUUCAAUAACAUCAAGAGAAGACUUCCGAAGUAUAUCACUGCAGUUUUGAAAACCGACGUCAUUCCACACCGUACCAUCAGAGGAGCUUUGAAAGUGGCGAGAGACAAUGAUAUCCCAAUCACGUCCAAACAGAUGCAAAACCAGUUUCGAGGUCAUCCUACUGCAGUACCUGGGAAAAGUGGUCCACGUCCUGCAACAACUGUAGAGCAUCUGGAAAAGCUGAAAACAGAACUCGAAGAUGAGGUUAUGUUCAGCAUCGACUCAAACUCUAAUUUGGCCUUCACGAUCUACAAGCAUUUCCCAGAUGCAAUGAAGCUAUUCAUUGCUGGCUGUCCAGAAGAGACUGAAUUAGACGAUUGGAGAGAUGAAGUGGAGCGUAUUUGUGAUAUGGACUCAACAUCACGGAAGUCAGCUCUUAAAAUCCUUCUUGAAAGAACCACUGAUGGCAUACGAUUCAAAGCAAGGAUUUUUCUGGACUCUACUUUUGAACUUACCGAUGGCUAUGUAACUGUCGUUAUGGGCGAACUAAAUAGUUUCAGAACAACCACAUCCGACAAACCACGAGUUAUUCCUCUGGCAUAUAUGAUCCACACGGACAAACUGGCAACAACUCAUGAAGCAUUCGCCAAUUGGCUCACCGACAAAUUCAAUGCCAUUGGAUGGGGAGGUCGUAGAUGUCCGUGUCUACUAGUUGAUGGAGAAGCUGCGCUUGUCGUUUAUGCUGAAAAGCUAGACACUGACCUUGUCAGAUGUGAUGUUCACAUCAUGAGCCUCAUGCAACACAAGUACGGAAAGAAAGUGUUAGAUUCUGACCGUAAGCUCCUAUUUGGAGAAUGUAGAAACGACACGUGGAAAAGAGGAUUACUUGGCAGUUUUUCUGAAGCAGAUUUCGAUGAAAGCCUCAAAAAAGUUGAAACGAAAUUGUCGCCCAACGUUUCAGACUGGUACUUAGAUCUACUGAACUAUUUAAUUUCAAAAUUUUAUUUUAGGGUUAAGCGAAACCGUUUCAUGUUGAUUCUCAAUGCAUCUGUACUAUAA